AUGGAAGAAAAAUACUCAAUAUCUUUGGUGAAUAAAGAGCUGCCGCCCCAGUUCCGGCAGACAGUGAGCGCGAUAAUAGACACCUUAAUCAACCCAGAAUGUUUGAAAUGGGACCUAUUCAUUGCUUUGUUGCUUAUUAUAAUGAAAGAAAAUAAUUUCCAUCUGCUAAAGACAACCGAAGGCAAUGCAAUCUCCGUAGAAGAUUACAUACUUAAUAGAAAAACAAUAAGGUCAACCAUCCGUGAGACUGUGUUCGUUCUCGAUGGAUUCCAAAGCAUGCCUUUUAAAGUUAUUAUAUGCCCUUUAAAUGACUUAGCUCUAAUCAUAGCUACUAUACCAGACAUGCACAUAGAAACUUAUACGCAUUGCGUUAAAAUAAAUAGAUACAUAAACAUUUCAACAUUGGGUAUACCAUCAGAUUACAUAAAUCUGAAGGAAUUAAUUACUAUACUCGGAGACAGAAUCGUUAAUCCUAUAAAAGGUAGUAUAUUGAAUUACCACAAAUACCCUAGUCCGAAUUUAUUCGGGUUACCGGACGAUAUUGUUCACAAAAUACUGUUGUAUCUCGCCGUGAAGGACGUUUUGUACGUGGGUGAAACUUGUAAAAAGCUAUAUAGAAUUGUUAAAGAAGAUAGAUUGUGGUAUAGAAUUUGCAAUAGAGAUUUUCCUGGUGAAAAUAAAGAUGAGGCAGAUAGUUGGUUCGACGUUUAUAUAAAAUUGUAUGUGUCAGAACGGAAUGAAAUAUGGAAGAACAGGUAUUACGGCACUUCUGGGUAUAGAGAAUGUUCACACAUAUCCGAUUACAUGAGACGGAUUUCGAAUUCAAGAUGGGAGGUUAUUUUGUGA